AUGGCAUUUGCAGCCAAGGCGUUAGCAAGCGUGUUUGUUGACAUGCAACCGCUUCUUUUUUCAGGCGCCGUCAUUGAAGGCAAGGCUAGUUUCUGCUUGGCUCAGUUCAGCUGUAUAGUGCCUUUAGACCUCUGCUCGUUCUACCUACCUCUUGCAACUAAAGAACUUGUGAUGAUGCUCCCUUCUAGCAUUCUUCUCACUUUGGUAUUGGGUGGAGAAGCCUCCUGCUUGUGGGAGUGUGCCGGAGUCUACCAUGCCCAUGAGGCAGGCAUGCUCGUAUGGACCUUUGAGAAGAAGGGAACAUUGCCCGUUCAAUAUGCAGAUCCUUCCAUGAACGUCGCCCUCCGGACGGCGAGCUCUGCCAACGCUGCUGGCAUCACAGCCGUGCAAAGCGCUGCAGAAGCUGACCUGAACGCCACCGGCAUCACGGCCGUGCAGAAUGGAGCAGUCCUAAGCCUGGACACAUCUUCAAUUUGA